AUGAAGAAUCACCCUUUUCCAUGAAGUUUUUCUCACCAACAUUGCAUCAGCUUCGAACUGUAAGGAUUUCUUUUGUAUUCCGGCGAAUCCUGUCAUCUUCUUCCUCAAAAAUGGUCCUGGAUCUCGACCUUUACCGUGCAGAUAAAGGAGGCAACCCAGAUAAAAUACGGGAAAACCAGAGCAAGCGUUAUUCCGACGUGACUUUGGUUGACAAAGUUGUUGAGGCCGAUACUCAAUGGAGAAAAUUUCGGUUUUCUAAAGACAAUUGGAACAAGCUUCGGAACUUGUGUAGCAAGCAGAUCGGCGACAAAAUGAAGAAAAAAGAGCCUGUGGGUGAUGAUGAGACUCUACCAAAGGAGGUGCUUGAUGGAUUAGAAGAACUUACAGCUGAAAUGUUGCAGCAACUGACUGUCACACAAAUCAAGAUAGUCCGCACUCUUGUGGAUGAUGGUAUGGCCAAGUGUAAUGAGGAAGUUGCCAGGCUUGAAAAGCUCCGUAACGAGAAACUAUUUGAAGUUGGCAAUAUAUUGCACGACUCAGUUCGUAUAAGUAAUGAUGAGGAUGAAAACCCUGUGGAUCGAAUCGUUGGAGACUGUUCUGUCCGUAAGAAGUACUCUCAUGUUGAUCUUGUUCACAUGGUUGAUGGUGUUGACAUAGAUCGGGGGUCUGUCGUCGCUGGAAGCAGAGGCUACUUUUUAAAGGGCCCACUGGUGUUCUUAGAACAUGCUCUGAUUCAGCAUGCCACACGUAUGUUGUAUGGGAAGGGCUUUAUUCCUCUGAGUACACCUUUCUUCAUGCGAAAAGAAGUGAUGCAAGAAGUGGCGCAGCUCAGCCAAUUUGAUGAAGAGCUUUACAAGGUUGUUGGCAAAGGUGCAGACGAGGCGGGUUAUGAGGAGAAAUACCUGAUUGCCACCAGCGAGCAGCCAAUUGCUGCAUUCCACCGUGGUGAGUGGAUGGACAAGAACGACCUCCCAAAAAAGUAUGCCGGGUUCUCCACCUGUUUUCGACAGGAAGCAGGGGCUCAUGGCAGGGACACCCGAGGCAUCUUCAGAGUGCAUCAGUUUGAGAAGAUUGAACAGUUUGUCAUCUGCUCCCCCCAUGACAAUAUUUCUUGGGAGAUAUUUGACGAGAUGAUUGGAAAUGCGGAAGAGUUUCACAAGUCACUGGGAAUACCCUACAGAAUUGUCAGUAUAGUCUCAGGCGCACUGAAUAAUGCAGCGGCAAAGAAGUUAGACCUUGAGGCAUGGUUCCCAGCUAGUGGUGCAUUCAGGGAACUAGUUUCCUGCUCAAACUGCACUGACUACCAAGCCAGGAGACUACAAGUGCGGUUUGGACAGACGAAGAAGAUGGGUGUUAGUACUGAAUAUGUGCAUAUGUUGAAUGCUACAAUGUGUGCUGUCUCUAGAGUGAUAUGCGCAAUCCUGGAGAACAACCAAACCGAAGAGGGUGUGGUCAUGCCUCAAGCACUGCACCCGUACCUCCCACAGGACUUGCACUUCUUGAAGUUUGUGAAACCGGCACCAAUAGAUGAUAAACCAGAGCAGAAGAAGCAAAAGAAGAAGGGCAAAAACAAGGGGGCAAACAAUGAAUCAGUCGGGUGUUUAGAGUCAAAACUUGAAGAUGUGAAUCUAUAGAAAUAGACACCUUAGGAUCUUGAAGAAGUAGAAUAGCCACCAAGGGAAACUCUACAUUAUCCCAUCACAGCAUUGAAUUCUUGAAAUGUACAAUAAUAACUGGGUUUUCACUACCAGCCAUUUCAAAUCCCUGGAGCUGAUUUGUUUCAUAAAACUUUUUCAUUAAUGCAAAUGAGAUUUAUAUUUCAUAGAAAAGUAAAUCCACUUCAAUCAAUGGAAUGAAAUCCAUCUCCUUAAAAAGUGGCUCCUUUUUCUUUAGAUAGAUGACAAGUUUAUUGAAAUAAAACAACAAGACAAAAGAAAACACGCAUGGCCUGAAGAGAGACAAAAUGAUAUGAUAUUCCAAUGAUCAAAUAAACCAAGACAAGUGUCUCCCAAGUUGGCUCCAGUUAAGGAUAUGUUAUAGUACAAACUCCCAUAUAUGAGAUGUGGGCCUGGGUCCUGAUUUCAUUUAAUGAACAAUGUUUGGGUUUCAGCAAGUCUGGUUCUUGCAGGUUUACCUCUUACUACCAAGCUCUCUUCAUCUAAGAUUAUUUUAAGAAUGUAUUACUACAGUUAAUGUGUAGUAGAUGAAAAUAAAGCCAUGGAAACCAAUCAUA